AGGCGGGCCUAGAGGCCACAAGGCGGCUGAGGGCGAAGCCAGAGUGGGCCGCUGGGGAUGCCAGGAGGAGGUGGUUGGGCGGCUGCUACCUCGAAUUCCUCACUGGGCUUUUUACCCGAAGAAGCUGAGGCCCGCACCAGCUCACACCGGGGCAGGCUGCCCCGGCCUCACCGCCCUAUCCCUGAGGCCAACAGCGCCCCUGUUUCUCCCCAGCCCGGAUACCCCCAGCAAAAUACAGGAAGUUGAAGACGGUGUGGCCCCUCAGGACCCUGGCGUGGAAGAGAGCGGCUCCUGCGACCCUGAAGUGGCAGGGCUGUUCGGGGGAAGACGAGAGCAGCUCCCGGGACCAACCUCUGUUCCCGAAGGCAAGGUGAAGGAGACAAUGCACAAUGACUUUUGGGACCAUCUUAGAGAGCAGCUGUCAGCUACUCCUCCUGACUUUGGUUGUGCUCUUGACCUUCUGAAUGAAAUUAAAGAGAUCUUCUUGUCACUACUGUUACCACGCCAGAACCGUCUAAGAAGUGAAAUUGAAGAAGCUUUAGUUGCAGACUUCCUCAAGCAGGAAGCAGAACACGGGACCCUGGAUGUCUCUUCCCUUUCCCAGUACAUUCUGAACAUAAUGACACUGUUGUGUGCACCAGUCCGAGAUGAAGCAGUGCAGACACUUGAGGACACGACAGACGCUGUUGGGUUAUUGAGAGGGAUCUUCCAGGUUCUGGGCCUGAUGAAAAUGGACAUGGUGAGCUACACCAUCCAGAGCCUUCAGCCCCAACUGCAGGAACAUUCCAUCCAGUAUAAGCGGGCUGAGUUCCAGGAACAACUCGACCAGCAGCCUGGCCUCCUCGAUCACACUACCAAGUGGCUGGCCCAAGCAGCAGCAGACCUGACCACACCACUGGCUUGCCCAGACAGUGCCGACUCCUCCAGCGUGGCUGGCCCUUCUCCGAACAAGGCAGUCAGCAACCCUGAGCCCCUCAGCCCUGCAGUGGUGUUGUCCCAAGGCUUCCUGAACCUCCUCCUGUGGGACCCUGAAAAUGAAGAGUUUCCUGAGACCCUGCAGAUGGACAGAACCCGCCUGGAGGAGCUGGAGGCCCAGCUGCAGCAGUUAACCAUCCUGGCCUCAGUCUUGCUCGUGGCUAGCAGUUUCUCUGGCAGUGUUUUAUGUGGCUCACCCCAGUUUGUGGAUAAACUGAAAUGCCUCACUAAGGCCCUGCUGGAGGAAUUCAAUCCCAGGACUGAGGAUGCUAUGCAGACUCUGAGUGAACAGGUAUCUAAGGAAAUCCAUCAAAGCCUCAGAACCAUCAAAGCUCUGAGCAGUGACAACACAGCAUCUCUGAUAAGACAGCUCCAGAACAUUACCAAGAAGGAGAACUGUGUCCGCAGUGUCAUUGGUCAGCGGAUCCAUUUAUUUCUCAAGUGCUGUUUGCUUCUUGGUGUGCAGCACUCUCUGUUAGACCUUUCUGGAGGCCUCACAUUCAUUGAGGCAGAGUUGGCUGAACUGGGCCAGAAGUUCAUCAACCUGACACAUCACAAUCAGCAGGUGUUUGGCCCCUAUUACACCAAGAUCCUCAAAACUCUCAUCCCCCCAGCUCAGACACUGAAAACGCAAGGGGAAUUUCUCUGAUGGUACCUGCUUGAGCCCUGGCACCUUGGAUCUAGGAGAAAGACUGAUCAUCUUCCUGGGGUAACAUCACCAGGGACCAGCUGAGCAGUGAGCCUCAUCCGCCCUCACAGGCAGUUCACCAAGGCUGUAGGGAUCCAGCCUGUAAGCACCCGCUGGCCCAAAUGCACUCACUAAUAAACCUCUGAACUGCAAGGAAACCUCCACUCUUCCUGUGCUGUAGCUGAAGCCCUGUGCCCUCAGCCCCCAACCAGCUAAGGAGCCAAGAAGCCUUCAGUUUCCCUUCGUUGGCUGCAGCACGCAGAGCUGAGUAGCCAGACACCCAGGUACUAGCAUUAGUCUAUGAGUAAAGCAUCCUUGAGAACUCUGGGAUUUAUCCAGAAUGUGAGUAUAAGAGCUUCUCCAGAAGCCUAUGUUUCCUCCAGUUCAGUUGAGAGGACAUGUUUUAAAGAUGUUGGGUCAUUUUCAGGCAUAGGUUGUCAUGAAGGUUUCAGGUGACACAGCAGUAUGUCCUCUUGUGCUGCAUGUUCAGAAGCAGCAUGCAGACUGCUGGGUGAGGAUGGACGCUAGCCACAAGCAAGCAUUCUGUUGAGGAAGCUUUCAACAUUCAUGGGAUAUUCUGUCUGUCUCUUGUCUCUCAUUAUUCAGAGUUUAGCUUUGGCCACUUGAGAUCAGGAACUGACUUGGAUCAGUUUAUCCCUGGUCCCAUUCUCCAUCCCAGUGAGUCUCCUCUUCCUCAUCUCUAACCUUUCAGAGGUGGAACAGCCUCCAUCCUUAUUACCGUUUGCAGUUUGGGCAGUUGUGGUUGUGACCUCUCCUCGUUGUUGGGUUUCAUUAAAUGAGAGAUAUUCUAGAAGCUAAUGUGAGCACACCAGCCCCAGUAUACUGUGGCUGGAAAGAGGAAAAGGAAUAGAUUGGAUCCUUUUUCAGUAAUGGACAAGAUAACACGGGAAUUCACUUAUGAACAUUCUCACCAUUUAGGGGACUGAAGGAGCUGAAUAUAACAUGCUUAAUUUAGGAACACACCACAAGGGGGAGCCUGGGUUCCACUAGCCCAGGGUGUUCUCCUAGGUUGUAUCCUUUAGAGGGUAAUCCUAGAGAGGUGACUGCUGGAUCAGCUGAGUGUGGCUGGAAAAGCUGGAGGUAUGGGUCAUUCAGAGUUGUCAGUCUUGUGACUAGACAGCCUGUAGAUGGGGAAGCCCAUGAAAAUGAUAUGUUUAAUAAACAGGCUUGGCUAGUUGGAGUCUCUGGCUUGUAACUUAUUAAAUUGAAAGAAAAUUUUUAAAAAAGCCACAUUUUAGAAGCCUCUUUGUUACUGUGGGUGAUGAGGUCCCAGACGGGUUCCUAGGUUCUUGUGUUCAAUGAACAAAGAAUUGGAUAUGGUAUGCAACAGUAAGGAGACAGCAGCAAAGUUUAAUCGGGCAACACAGUAUGCCUGGAGUGAUCGAGCUCAUGCCAACAGAAAGGAAAAUGGGACGAGUGCUGAGUGCAUUGGCUUAGGGAUUUAAAAGGGUGCACUGGGUCUAGGGUACCUCUCACUGGGGCUUUCAGAGCAUGAAUGACAGUGUGAGUGACAGGUUGCUGAGUCAUGUCAGCUGUGUCUCCUGCACACGUUCUUUCCCAUAAUUCAUUGUCAUAAUUGGAUGUAUGAGAUGCAGUCCCUAGCAUGAACUUACAGUGAGUUCCAAGUGGAGAAAAGUUAUUUCAGGUCAUGCCAGAAGGUCUGGCAUGCAUUUGUCUUGGUUUGGAAUUUCAGAAUUUUCCAGGGCA